CCCGCCCUAGUCCUCCCCGCAGCUUAGAAGAGGCCCCGGUGACCGGUGCUCACCGGGCUCCCGGCCAGUCCACCCGUUCAGCGCGCUCUAGCCAGCCAUGCGUCCCGCGGCCGCUACGGCACCAAAGUGGCUGCUUCUCGCGCUGAGUGCUCUGCUACCACUGUGGCCGGCAGCCAGAGCCUGGGAGCUCACGAUCCUGCACACAAACGACGUGCACAGCCGGCUAGAGCAGACCAGCGAUGACUCCACUAAGUGCCUCAACACCAGCCUGUGCGUGGGUGGUGUGGCCCGGCUCUUCACCAAGGUGCAGCAGAUCCGCAAGGAAGAACCCAACGUGCUGCUUUUGGAUGCCGGCGACCAGUACCAGGGCACCAUCUGGUUCACCGUUUACAAAGGCCUGGAAGUCGCACACUUCAUGAACAUCCUGGGCUACGAUGCCAUGGCACUGGGAAAUCAUGAAUUUGAUAACGGUGUGGAAGGACUGAUUGAUCCACUCCUCAGAAAUGUCAAAUUUCCAAUCCUGAGUGCAAACAUUAAGGCACGGGGGCCGCUAGCACCUCAGAUAUCCGGACUUUAUUUGCCGUAUAAAGUUCUCUCUGUUGGUGAUGAGGUUGUGGGGAUUGUUGGAUACACUUCAAAGGAAACCCCCUUCCUCUCAAAUCCAGGGUCAAAUUUAGUCUUUGAAGAUGAAAUCUCUGCACUGCAGCCUGAAGUAGAUAAACUAAAAACUCUAAAUGUGAACAAGAUCAUUGCCCUGGGCCACUCUGGUUUUGAGAUGGACAAACUGAUUGCUCAGAAGGUGCGAGGCGUGGACAUCGUGGUGGGAGGACACUCCAACACCUUUCUCUACACAGGAAAUCCGCCUUCCAAAGAAGUGCCUGCUGGGAAGUACCCAUUCAUAGUCACCUCCGAUGAUGGACGGAAGGUUCCUGUGGUCCAGGCCUAUGCCUUCGGCAAAUACCUAGGCUAUCUGAAGGUUGAGUUUGAUGAUAAAGGAAAUGUCGUCACUUCCUAUGGAAAUCCCAUUCUUCUGAACAGCAGCAUUCAUGAAGAUGCGACCAUCAAAGCAGACAUUAACAAGUGGAGGAUAAAAUUAGAUAAUUAUUCUACCCAGGAACUCGGGAGAACAAUCGUCUACCUGGAUGGCUCCACUCAGACGUGCCGCUUCAGAGAAUGCAACAUGGGAAACCUGAUCUGCGAUGCCAUGAUUAACAACAACCUCAGACACCCAGAUGAAAUGUUUUGGAACCACGUGUCCAUGUGCAUUUUAAAUGGAGGUGGCAUCCGGUCCCCCAUUGAUGAGAAGAACAAUGGUACCAUCACCUGGGAGAACCUGGCUGCUGUGCUGCCCUUUGGAGGGACAUUUGAUCUCAUCCAACUAAAAGGGUCCACCCUAAAGAAGGCUUUUGAGCACAGUGUGCAUCGCUAUGGCCAGUCUACUGGGGAGUUCCUGCAAGUGGGUGGAAUCCAUGUGGUGUAUGAUAUUAACCGAAAGCCCUGGAACAGAGUGGUUCAAUUAGAAGUUCUCUGCACCAAGUGUCGAGUGCCCAUCUAUGAGCCUCUUGAAAUGGAUAAAGUGUAUAAAGUGACUCUCCCAAGCUAUCUGGCCAACGGCGGAGAUGGAUUCCAGAUGAUAAAAGAUGAAUUACUAAAACAUGACUCUGGUGACCAAGAUAUCAGCGUGGUUUCUGAAUACAUCUCAAAAAUGAAAGUAGUUUACCCAGCAGUUGAAGGUCGGAUCAAGUUCUCUGCAGCAAGUCAUUACCAGGGAAGCUUCGCUUUAGUAAUUCUUUCAUUUUGGGCAGUAAUCCUUGUUUUGAACCAAUAGCAGGAAGUCUCCGUGUCCUUGAUAUCAAACUACAUUUUUCUUCCAGUGAUAUUCAAAUCUGCCUCUGGAGACCUGCCUUUGUAACAGUGCUCAUCGGUCUCAAGGCUCCUAGCAGGUGCUCUUCACCAGGAAGAGACUAUAAUAACAUCAUUUGUUGGGGCCAGCCACUCAAUGAGCAGAGAGAAAGUCAAAGUGAACCAACAGGGCCCUUCUGGCAGGUAGGGGGGUAAGGGGACACAACUAGGUGUAGUUUGCACAUCCACAUAACACAUCUUGUUACCAUUGAGCCACAAAAAUAAUUUUCCCCUUUCUAUUCACUUCUACUCCAUCAAACAAUUUAUGUUUACAUAAAACUUUAUCAUUGCCGGUUCUGGUGGCACAUGCCUGUGGUCACAGCACUUGGCAGGGAGGAGAGGAUGGCUGCAAGUUCUAGGCCAGCCUGACAUACGUGGAGUUUCAGGCCAGUCAGCUAGACAUCAAGACUCACACAAACAAACAAACAAACAAGCAUUAUAAUUUACAAGUAGAUUUUUGUGGACAAGUGUUGUGAUAAGCUAAGUAGAAAGGGUUGACCUUGUCAAGGCCAUACAUCUCCAAAUAAUACAUCUAAGAUCUUUUUACCUCAAGUCCAAUCUCUCUUGUACCAUCAAGUCUCCUCUCUUCCUGCCAUCAGCCCCAGACAACAAAUCUGUGUCUGCCCUCCAUACUAUCCUUUCUUUUGGGCUCCUAUUGCCUCUCAAGUGUGAGAGAGUAGCUAGUGGACAGGAUUCUUUCCUACAACAUCAUGUGCCUUUGAUGAGUCAGACAAACUGUAUAAAGCAGAUAAUAGGUUAGUCCAGAGACUGCAAAAGGCAGUCAGGGAUGAGGGAGAAGGGAAAGGAGAGUAUGACCAGGACUGAUACAUUACAGAAGAAAGAAUGAAUGGGUAUUUAGAUAUUUUACAUAAACACUAGAUAAGGAGCAGAGCGUGACUUCAAAGCAGAACACAAAGAGUUCUUGUUAACUCCUGUGUGAUUCCAAAAGCUCUGCCCCCCCCUUCCUUCUUCCUCACAUAGAGGUGCCAUGAGAGAACUUCCUAGAAUAUAAAUUGUAAAUAUAAAUUGUAAACAUGCACCUGUCGUGUCCAGGAUGCCCACACGGCUCUCAUUCUAGUCACACAUGUACACAGUGUUUGGGGAAGCAAGAGUGAGUUUAAGAAGUGAUAAGCAUAACCGGGCAGUGGUGGCGCACGCCUGUGAUCCCAGCACUCUCGGAGGCAGAGGCAGGCAGAUUUCUGAGGCCAGCCUGGUCUACAGAGUGAGUUCCAGGACAGCCAGGGCUACACAGAGAAACCCUGUCUCGAAAAAACCAAAAUCCAACCCCCCCCCCAAAAAAAAUAAAUAAAAAAAACCAACCAAGUGAUAAACAUAAAUGUUUGAAGUCACUGAGACUGAAAUCCCAAGCAACCACUAUAAGGCAUACUCAAGUCAAGACCUAAGAGGACUAGCAGGACAGUGAGCCCUACUGGAUGCCCAAGAGAUACCCAGACUGAGGAAAUAAUCUAUGCCCAAAGAAUACCAGACUGAGACAGUCCUGUGACCAAGUGAGCAUGGUCAGCACUGUAACAGUAAUGAAGAAACCUUAACUACAAACCAGCAGCUAGAUGCCUGGACAGGGAACAUGUUUGCUUCCUAGUGUUUACAAAUAUUAAGGACUCUUGACACAAACCAAUUUAAAAUUUCCAAUCCUUUUAUGAAGUGUGUUACAGUGAGACAAUGCCUUCAGUUCUUUGAAUGUGUAGAUUAGUUAUAAACAGAAAUGUCGAUAAGAUUGUAAAAAAAAAUGAAGAAGGGUGCAUAUGAGGUAUAUUUUUAUGCUUGGCCAGUAAAUGAGAAAUCUUAUUAUAGCAUAAAUUUUAAAGAACAUUUUUAUAAUUUUUCUAAGUAUGUUGACAUGUAUAUUUUAUGCAGAGGUACUGAAAAGUGACCUUGGACUACCUUGUAAUUGUGAACUCCAAACAGUAAAGCUGAAGAUGUACUCCUCUGUGGCCGGUCUUACUUCUCUUAAACACUUGCUCCCUCAGGGACAGAGCAAAUACAGUUGUCACCAGGGUCAUUUCUCUUUGUCAUAAACACUGUGUCAUCUGGUAGCUCUUCCCUUCUCUCACCUCAAAAUGGAGAAGAAAAAUGCAUACAAUGUUUUAAGCAGGGGAGAAAAGACAUUUUGUUUAAAUGUGAGUUACUGUUCUGCCCUGACCUUAAGUGGCAUCUAAAUUUUCUUGUUCAACCUAAAACCAUACUUAACAUUUUUAUUUCAGCUAACAAAAUUUGGAUUAUUUAUGGUAUAUAACAUGAUGUUUUAAAGUGUGUACCAACAUGGUAAAGUGGCUGUCAAGCUAAUUAUCAAUGCUUUCUCUGUUCUUGCCCUUAAUUUCUCAGUGUCUACAUUUCUACAAUAGGCCCUUUUCCCAUCCCUCUCUGGUAUUCCCUGUGUCUUUUAUUUUUUAAAAAAAAGAUUUAUUUAUUUUA